AUGAGCGACGAGGAGCUCAUGUGGAGGGCCUCGAUGGAUCCUCGUAUCAUUGAACCGCCUUUCAAUCGCACUCCCAAAAUCGCCUUCAUGUUCCUCACUAGGGGGAGAUUGCCGCUGGCGCCACUUUGGGAGAUGUUCUUCAAAGGAAAUGAAGGGCUCUUCUCGAUCUACCUCCAUACGUCGCCAGAGUUCGGCGACGAACCCCCCGAAUCGUCAGUGUUCUACAAGCGUAAAAUACCGAGUAAGUUGGUCCAGUGGGGAAAAGCGAGUAUGAUAGAUGCGGAAAGGCGUCUUUUAGCCAACGCGCUUCUCGACUUCGCAAACGAAAGAUUCAUUCUACUAUCCGAAUCAUGCAUCCCUAUAUUCAGCUUCUCCACCAUCUACAACUACCUCAUUAAUUCCAACCAAAGCUUCCUCAGCGCCUUCGACGACCCCCGCCGGAUCGGGCGGGGCCGGUACAAUAAGCGGAUGGGGCCCACAAUCGCGUUACGCGAUUGGCGGAAGGGCUCCCAGUGGUUCGAAGCCAAUCGGAAGCUUGCACUAGCCAUAGUAUCGGAUGUCACCUACUAUCCUAUUUUUAGAGACUAUUGCGUGCCACCGUGCUACAUGGACGAGCACUAUUUUCCAACGUUGGUAACUAAAGUUUGUUCUAAUUUGACGUCGACUCGGACCAUUACUUGGACUGAUUGGUCAGGGGGCGGUUCGCAUCCGGCUGUGUUUAGGGCAAAUGAUGUUAGCGAAGAGUUCCUGAACAUGGUUCGGUUCCGGUUCAAUUGCACCUACAACGGUGAAUUUAGCUCGGUUUGCCACCUUUUUGCUAGAAAGUUUCAUCCUAAUACUUUGCAACCUUUACUUAGGAUUGCACCAAAAUUACUAGGCUUUAAUUCUUGA